GCAAAAGGAUGGGUCAGGCAGGAACACAUCCUGUGCCUGCCUACCCCGCUGUGAAGGUAUAGCAAGCAUAGCAGUAUUGUACACGCCAGCCUCGUCCCCAAUAUUCGCGUAUACCGUGUUGUGUACGGUGAACAAGGAACCACAUGAGGCGGCGAGACCGCACGUCGCAGUGGACUAAACGACCAAUCGGAUGGCCCAACGUCACCUGGGGCUUGUUGCUUUGGUCGGCGACUCGGCGUAGUCCGCCCGUGUCGCAGGCGUUCGUGUUCCGUUGCCGACCAUCAUCGACGAUUAUACCUUCUUUCGAGCUUUCCUCGUCGGGACUUCGCUUUCGACAGCGGCAACUACAACCUAAGCCAUUGCAAUCGUUACAACCUCGAUCGGUUCGUUGUCCGAUAUUCCCUUUACGUACGUCGCCACACAACAAUCAAGACGAACAACCGAACGAUACCACUGCAAAUGUCCCAACGUCCGCAUCGUUCCGUUUGUGGGAAAACGCCGGUGCCGAAAUGUACGACGAACAACGUCCACGUCGGACGCUGUCGUCCGUCACCGAGAACCCACACGCGCCUCCGCCGUGGGCGAGCCUUACCGAUCGGAACGAUUGGGGCGUGCACGUUCGUUCCCACCCGCCAUUAUACCCACACACUUUGGACCAGGUCGUGUCCCACAUCUUUCACGCUGUCGCCGCCACUCUGUACGGUCAACAAAUGCCGGACCCGAACGUGGUGCGCAAUAUUUGGCAGGGGGACACCCUGCACGGACGACGACCCACCCGCGCGCGCUGGGAUGCCGGACGCAUCGGAAUCGAACUGGAUCACGUACAGGCACUCUUUGCGCGAGAGAAUAGCAGCAGUAGUAGCAGCAGUAGUGCCAGUGGAAUCCGCAAAUUGUCGUUGCUCUUGGCUGGUAAACUGGCCACGCAACCGUGGGAUGGAUACGAAACGAAACAAUUUCACUCCGAUACGCACCGCAUCACGAAAGGGGAACCAACUCGCCCAAUUGUGCUCUAUUUCAGCACAAUCAAGCAAGCUCUCAUGGCGAGCCACGAACUCGGGAUAUUGCGUCGGAUCGAACACGAAACGCACGCUACAACAACGUCCACUGCAUCCACACGAUACGAUAGCGUGACGAUUCUCUCGUUGGACCGCGAAGCGACCAUUCCGGAAUCGCUGUGCCGGCGGCCCCGGCGCAAGGGCACGUCGUCCAAUCCAGCCGUGAACGGUUGCGUGGAUCCUACGCGUGGUCUCUUGAUCCUGGUGCAACCCACCGACUACGACGACGAAUACCGUCCACCCGGUCCGAACGUGGGUUCCGUGGAGCGCCUACAGCGGCUCGUUGCCCAAGCCGCCAUUUACCAACUCCCCACUGUUGUUCUGUCUCCAAGGUAUCUCAAACAUCCACACUUUCCGGAAGAAGCCUACGAGCAGAGUGGUUUCCAACAAUCGGGCUAUUACGGUGGUGUGGAACCCCCGAAAGGGCCGACCCCUUGGGUCCUCCGGGACUUUACGCCGCCCGUCUUGAGUUGGAUCGGUAACGCGCUACCGGUGACUCGAAACGCCCGCUACCGUGGGGUCGCCCUAUGGCAGAGCAAUUUGGACGAAGGCCAUGGUUGGCAUGUGUACGGCGUCCCCCGGAUGGGUGGGACGACGCCGGACUACCUGGCGAGCACCCGGACCGCCUCGGGCCGACCCACCCAGGACGUGAUGCGGCGGGUCCUAGCCGAGUUUUCGCGGUACGACGAAUCCACGGAAUGA